CAACGGCGGAGCCUCUUGUGCUGUUUGGAGAGUCGAAGCGGCUCCUGGGAGACAAAGAGGAUGCCAAGGAGAUUACUGUGGAAAACAGAAACUGAGAAGUAUCAUUAAAAAGGAAAACAAGCCAUCAAAUACAUUUCUUUUGGAAAGUGAAAACCUCUUUUCAUUCCUCAGCAGAUAAGAGAGAAGGGAGAGAAUAACGAACAAAUUUUUAGCUGGAAAAAAUAUAUGGAACUGAAGCAACUGUUACCUAAGAAGUUAAGGGGGAUGAUAUCGGAAUAAAGAAAAAGUGCAAAUACCUGGAAGUCAGUGGAAAGGAGGAAAAAGUCCUUUGGAAAGUUGGGCAUGUAUUAUUUAAAGCCUUUGAGGAAGGAAAUAAUAGCUUGAAUCAACCAACCACCAAGUAAGAGAUCACAAAUAUUUUUGGCCUGUACAAAAAUCCAAGAAUAUCAGUGUUGGAAAAACAACACAGACAGCUUCACUUGGGGGGGAGGGGGAAACACAUUGUAGAUCACAGCUGACUAUGCAUAAGAGGAUCCACAAAAUGAAGUGCCAUAGAAAAGUUUGCAAAGCUUCACUCAGAAAAGCUUCUUCAUGAUUGAUGGAAGGACCCAUACCGGAGAGAAGUGCUGCCAAUGUGACAAAAGAUUUACAAUGCAGACCAAUGUGGUGAGUCAGAAGAGGACUUGCACUGGCAAUAAAGACUUUGAAUGUCCUGAUUGUGGGAAAAGUUUCACAUGGAAUUCUGAGCUGGUGAUACACCAGAGGACUCAUACAGGAGAGAAACCAUAUGAGUGUCCAGAUUGUGGGAAAUGUUUCGGUCUGAAUUCCAAUCUUUUGAGACAUCGAAGGACUCACACAGGAGAAAAACCAUACGAGUGUUCGGAUUGUGGGAAAUGUUUCCAAGAUAAUUCCAUCCUGGUGAAACAUCAGAGGAUUCACACAGGUGAAAAGCCAUAUGAGUGCCUGGAAUGUGGGAAAAGUUUCAGAUGGAAUUCCCACCUGGUGGAACACCAGAGGACUCAUACAGGAGAAAAACCGUAUGAGUGCCUGGAUUGUGGGAAAAGUUUCAGAUGGAAUUCCCACCUGGUGGAACACCAGAGGACUCAUACGGGAGAAAAACCAUAUAAAUGUGUAGAUUGUGGGAAAAGUUUCUAUCGGAAUUCUCACCUGGUGGUACAUCAGAGAACUCAUACUGGAGAGAAACGAUAUCAGUGUCUGGAUUGUGGUAAAAAUUUCACUCGGAAUUCUGGCCUGUUGAUACACCAGAGGACUCACACAGGAGAAAAACCAUAUCAGUGUCCAGAUUGUGGGAAACAUUUCAGUCAGAAUUCCUGCAUGGUGAAACACCAGAGAACUCACAAAGGAGAAAAACCAUAUGAGUGUCUAGAAUGUGGGAAAAAUUUCAGUCAGAAUUCCAAUUUGGUGAUACACUGGAGGACUCACACCGGAGCGAAACCAUAUGAAUGCCCAGAUUGUGGGAAAGAUUUCAUCCAAAAUUCUGACCUGGUGAUACACAAAAGGACUCACACGGGAGAGAAACUAUAUGAAUGUCCAGAUUGUGGGAAAAGUUUCACACAGAAUUCUGACCUGGUGAUACACAAAAGGACUCACACGGGAGAGUGUCUGGAUUGUAAGAAAAUUUUCAGUCAGAAUUCCAAUAUGGUGGCACAUCAGAGGAUUCACACAGGAGAAAAACCAUAUGAAUGCCCAGUUUGUGGGACAAGUUUCACUCAGAAUUCCAGCCUGGUGGUUCACCAGAGGACUCAUACAGGAGAGAAACCAUAUAAGUGUCCAGAUUGUGGGAAAGGUUUCACUCAGAAAUCCAAAGUGGUGGUACAUCAGAUGACUCACACAGGAGAGAAACCAUAUGAGUGUUUGGAUUGUGGGAAACGUUUCCAGCAGAAUUCCAACCUGGUGAUACACCAGAGGACUCACAAAGGAGAAAAACCCUAUGAGUGUCCUGAUUGUGGGGAAAGUUUCGGUCGGAAUUCCCACCUGGUGGCACAUCAGAGGAUUCACACAGGAGAAAAACCAUAUGUAUGUCCAGUUUGUGGGAAAAGUUUCUGUCAGAUUUCCAGCCUGGUGAUUCACCAGAGGACUCAUACGGGAGAGAAACCAUAUAAGUGUCCAGAUUGUGGGAAAGGUUUCAGUCAGAAUUCCAAUCUGGUGAGACAUCGGAUGACUCACACAGGAGAGAAACCAUAUGAGUGUUUGGAUUGUGGGAAACGUUUCCAGCAGAAUUCAAAGCUUGUGAUACACCAGAGGACUCACCGAGGAGAGAAACCAUAUGAGUGUGUUGAAUGUGGGAAAGGUUUCAGUCGGAAUUCUGACAUGGUGAUACACUGGAGGACUCACACAGGAGAGAAACCAUAUGAAUGUCCAGAGUGUGGGAAAGAUUUCAGAUAUAGGUCUAGCCUUAUAAAGCAUGUAAGGUUACAUAUAGGGGACUGUUUUGGGGGCUGCUUUAAUGCUGGUUUUGUGGCCAUUUUUGGCCCUGAAAAACGGCCCAAGAAAUGGCCCAAAACACAGCCUGGAAAAAGGCCCGAAAACAGCCCAAAAGGUGAUGAGCUCCGGCGUGAACCCAGACUGAGAAGGGCCCAUGUGUUUUUCCUCCUGCAUAGCCUUUUCUCCUGGUUGCAAAAUCAGAGCUGCGAGCAGAGGUUCAUGGAAGGACCGAUAUUGAAGACAAACCCUACCAGUACUCUGAAUGUGGCAAAAGAUUUAGCAUGCAGACACAAGAGGACUCACACUAGGGAGAAACAUUUUGAAUGUUCGGAUUGUGGGAAAAGGUUCACACGGAAUUCUGACCUGGUGGUCCACAAAAGGACUCACACGGGAGAGAAACCAUAUGAAUGUCUGGAUUGUGGGAAAAGGUUCACACGGAAUUGUGACCUGGUGGUCCACAAAAGGACUCACACGGGAGAGAAACCAUAUGAAUGUUCCGAUUGUAGGAAAGGUUUCACACGGAAUUCUGACCUAGUGAUACACAAAAGGACUCACACGGGAGAGAAACCAUAUGAGUGUCUGUAUUGUGGGAAAAGUUUCAGUCAGAAUUCCCACCUGGUGGCACAUCAGAGGAUUCACACAGGAGAAAAACCAUAUGAAUGUCCAGUUUGUGGGAAAAGUUUCUGUCAGAAUUCCACUCUGGUAGAUCAUCAGAGGACACACACAGGAGAGAAACCAUAUAAGUGUUGUGAUUGUGGGAAAGGUUUCACUCACAAUUCUAGCCUGGUGGUACACAAGAGGACUCACACAGGAGAGAACCUAUAUAACUGUUCGGAUAGUAGGACACAUUUUAGUCAGAAUUCCAAGUUAGGGAUACACCAGAGGACUCGCACAGUUGAGAAAUCUUAUAAGUGUCCGGAUUGUGAGAAAUGUUUUACUGGCAAUGCCAACCUGGUGAUUCACCAGAGGACUCAUACAGGAGAGAAACCAUUUGUAUGUUUGGAUUGUGGGAAAAGUUUCAGUCGGAAUUACAACCUGGUGGAACAUCAGAGAACUCACACAGGAGAGAAACCAUAUGAGUGUCCAGAUUGUGGCAAAAGUUUCAGUCAGAAUUCCAAUCUGAUGAGACAUCGGAGAACUCACACAGUAGAAAAACCAUAUAAGUGUCCAGAUUGUGAGAAAAGUUUCCAGGAUAAUUCAAACCUGGUGAAACAUCAGAGAAUUCACACAGGAGAGAAACCAUAUGAGUGUCCAGAUUGUGGGAAAAGUUUCAGUCAGAAUCCCAACCUGGUGAUUCACCGGAGGAUUCAUACAGGAGAGAAGCCAUAUGAGUGUUUGGAUUGUGGGAAAAGUUUCAGUCGAAAUUACAACCUGGUUGAACAUCAGAGGACUCACACAGGAGAGAAACCAUAUGAGUGUCUUGAAUGUGGGAAAAGUUUUAGUCAGAAUUCCCAUUUGGUGAUACACCAGAGGACUCACACAGGAGAGAAACCAUACGAAUGUCCGGAUUGUGGGAAAGAUUUCGGUACUAGGUCUAGCCUUAUAAAGCAUGUAAGGUUACACAUAGGGGAUCUUAUGUCACCAGAUGGAGCUCUAAGACCACACUGGAAAACCUCCACUCUAAUAGCGGCGUCGAUGGUGGCUGAGAUCCGACAUCCAACAGGAGUGAUAGAGUUAAAACCACCGAAUAUUGCUAGAAAGGGUCUACACGGGAAAAGAGACGGGGAGAGGAACUUCCUCUUUCGGCUCCCAGAGGAGGCACGCAGGGUGGCUGUCUGGCUUUUCCCAUGGGCCAAGCAGCAGCUGGAAGAAGAAGUUAAGAGGGAUAAUAUCGGAAUAAAGAAAGUGCAAAUAAUUGGAAGUCAGUGGAAGGAAAAAGUUCCUUGGACAGCCAAAACGAUGAAACAAAAUCUGGUGAGACACAAGAAGACUCACACUGGGGAAAAACAAUUUGGAUGUUCGGAUUGUGGGAAAAGUUUCACUUGGAAUUCUGAGCUGGUGAUCCACAAAAGGACUCACACGGGAGAAAAACCAUAUGAGUGUCCGGAUUGUGGAAAAAGUUUCAGUCAGAAUGACAACCUGGUGAAACACCAGAGGACUCACACGGGAGAGAAACCAUAUGAGUGUCUGUAUUGUGGGAAAAGUUUCAGUCAGAGUUCCCACCUGGUAAUACACCAGAGGACUCACACGGGAGAGAAACCAUAUAAGUGUUGUGAUUGUGGAAAAUGUUUCUCUCGAAGGUCUAGCCUGCUGAUACACCAGAGGAUUCACAAACGGGAGAAACCGUAUGAAUGUCCAGAUUGUGGGAAAAGUUUCCAGGAAAAUUCCCACCUGGUAGAUCAUCAGAGGACUCACACAGGAAAGAAACCAUAUAAGUGUUCUGAUUGUGGGAACGGUUUCUCUCAUAUUUCUAGCCUGGUGGUACACCAGAGGAUUCACACAAGAGAGAAACCAUACAAGUGUCAUGAUUGUGAGAAAAGGUUCAGUCUGAAUUCCAACCUUAUGAAACAUCAGAGGACUCACACAGGAGAAAAACCAUAUGAGUGUCUUGAAUGUGGGAAAACUUUCAGUCGGAAUUCCUGCCUGGUGACACAUCAGAGGAGUCAUACAGGUGAGAAACCAUAUGAGUGUUCAGAUUGUAAGAAAAGUUUCAGUCAGAAUUCCCAUCUGGUGAGACAUCAGAGGACUCACACGGGAGAAAAACCAUAUGAGUGUUCGGAUUGUGGGAAAACUUUCCAGGAUAAUUCCAACCUGAUGAAACAUUGGAGGACUCACACAGGAGAAAAACCAUAUGAAUGUCUUGAAUGUGGAAAAAGUUUCAGUCGGAAUUCCAGUUUGGUGGUACACCAGAGGACUCACACAGGAGAGAAACCGUAUGAAUGUCCGGAUUGUGGGAAAGAUUUCACUACCAGGUCUAGCCUUAUAAAUCAUGUAAGGUUACACAUUGGGGAGUAAUCAGUCAAGGACCCAGAUUGCAGACAAUUAUUGUUUUGGACAAAAUCUCUCCCUAAUCAGAUAUAAGAAAUUGCACUUGAGGCAAAAUUCAGACACAAGAAAUUGCACUUGAGGCAAAAUUUCUGUAGAGGACUGUUGAAAUUUGUUUCUUGUUUUGUUUGAAUGCCAGUUGAGCAGUUUACCAUUUAAUUUCUUUCAUGAUUCUUAUAAUGAAACAUCUCUUAUUAUCAAACAUGUGGGGUGGGGUAGGGUGAUCUAUAUUAGGUAUGUUUGCCACCUUGAGUUAUUUCUACAUAUAAUAAAUGGGGGCAUAAAUAUG